AUGCCUGCUGCGUAUGCUGUACGUGAUGGCGGCGAUGCCAAGUCGAAGAAGCAGUCGAUGGCCGACCUCAAGUUGCGCCGUCUGCAGGAGUUGAAUAGCCGCCUGAAGGAAGAUCUCGAUCGUCCUCGCGUCAAGGUCGCUGAAGCCUCCAUCUCCCUCAUCAACUACUGCAACCAGACCCGCGACUACAUGGUGCCUUCUGUUUGGGGACAGGUUGAUAAGAAGGAAGACCCAUACAACCCACAGGCUGGUGGCUCCGACGGAUGCUGUGUCGUUAUGUGA